AUGCGGCCUCCCUGUCCCGUCGUCGCCCUGCCGACGCUCCUCUCCCGCCUCCGCGCGUGCAGGUCCGCCUCCCACGCGCUCCAGUGCCACGCCCUCCUCCUCACCUCGGGCCACCUCGCAGCCUCCCCGCUGCGCCUCUCCAACCUCCUCCUCCUCGCCCUCGCGUCCGUCCCCGGCGCCGCCGCGCUCGCGGACGCCGUCUUCGUGCGCCUCCCGGAGCCCGCGCCCCGCGACCCAUUCCCCUGGAACACCGCCAUCCGCCUCCACGCCCCCGCGCGCCCCCGAGCCGCGCUGCUCUACUUCGCGCGGAUGCGCCGUUGCGGCGUGCGGCCCGACGCCUACACGUUCCCCGCUGUCCUCAAGGCCUGCGGCUGCGCGCCUGGCUGCAGGGCCGGACUCCUGGUUCAUGCCGAGGCCGUGAGGAGGGGCCUGGGCGCGGACCUCUUCACGGUGAACGCGCUUAUCAGCUUCUACUGUAGGAUCCUGGACUGCCGCUCGGGCAGGAAGGUGUUCGACGAGGCAGGUGGCGUCUCGCGGGAUCUCGUCUCGUGGAACUCCAUGGUGGCUGGGUACGUCGGGUGCGGGGAGAUGGGGCUCGCGCAGGAGCUGUUCGACGAAAUGCCACAGAGAGACGCGUUCUCCUGGGGGACCUUGAUCGACGGGCAUGGGAAGCAAGGUGGUGCUGGUGUGGACCGUGCGCGCGAGUUGUUUGAUCAAAUGCCCGAGAGGGAUUUAGUGUGCUGGAACUCGAUGAUCGAUGGUUAUGCCAGGCACGGAAGGAUGGAUGAGGCGAGAUCACUGUUUGAGGAAAUGCCAGAGCGGAAUGUGAUAUCGUGGAGUAUUGUCAUUGAUGGGCAUGUCAGGUGUGGGGAGGCGAAGGAGGCUUUGGAGUAUUUUCAGAGUAUGCUACGGUGUGGCGUAAGGCCUGAUACGGUCGCUGCCGUGGGGGCUAUCAGUGCUUGUGCUCAGCUGGGCGCUUUGGAGCAAGGAAGAUGGCUUCACUCUUACUUGGAGAAGAAGGUGCUGUCUGAUGUUGUGGUGCAGACAGCUUUGAUGGACAUGUACAUGAAAUGUGGGCGCUUGGAUAUUGCCAUGUUGAUCUUUGAAAGCAUGGCUGAGAGGAGUGUGGUCACUUGGAAUGUGAUGAUUGUUGGACUUGGAACUCAUAGUUAUGGUCUGGAUGCUGUCAUGAUGUUCCGUCGAAUGGAGGCAGAAAGGGUUGCAGUGGAUGAUCUUAGUGUACUUGCCAUUCUGACUGCUUGCACACAUGCUGGGUUGGUCUCAGAGGGUUUAGAAAUAUUUCACCGAAUGAAAAAGGAUUUUGGGAUAGAUCCCAAGGUAGAACAUUAUGGUGCAUUGGUUGAUCUACUUGGCCGUGCCGGACAUUUGGAUCAGGCCAGGCAUGCUAUAGAAACAAUGCCCAUGGAACCGACUCCGGAAUUGUGGGGAUCUCUUCUUGCUGCCUGCCGAAGCCAUAGUUGUGUUGAGCUGGCUGAGUUAUCAGUGGAACGUCUUGCAAAUCUUGGAGCUGAUGAUUCUGGAGUCUAUGUUCUUCUGUCAAAUAUCUAUGCUGAUGAAGGAAUGUGGGGUGAUGUUUUGAGGAUUAGGAAACUGAUGAGUGAUGAGGGGAUGAGGAAGGAUAUUGGGCGGAGUGUGAUUGAAGUGGAUGGAGAAAUACAUGAGUUUGUGAAUGGAGGUGGCUCACAUCUUUGUACGGAUCAAAUAUACUUGAUGCUGUGGAAUUUGUCUAAAAUGGUAGCAUCUAUUUGA